GAAAUGUUGUCGCGUGUAAUUUUGUCUUUCGUUAGAAUGUUUUUCUAAUACAAAUUAGUAAAAAUUACAUGUAGCUAUUCUUACAGAUAACCGCCGGCAAAAGAAAAAUGAAAGAACAGGAAAGUUUACUAUCUAAGAGAAGAUGUUUACAUACAACUGUGUUUAGUCAGUCUUAUUCACCAUGUGGGAAAUACCUUGUAGCUGCAUGCAACUUUGGUUAUGUUGCUGUAUAUAGUUUGGUAGCAGCACUGGCACCUAAUGCUGAUGAAGACACUAGGAAACCAAUUUACAGUUUUAAAGCUUGUGAAGAAGGAGCAAUAUACAGUCUUAUAUCAACAGAAACAUUACUUAUCAGUGCAGGUAAUGGUGAUAUAUGUGCAUGGAAAUGGUCAGAGAUUAUAGAUAAAGCUGCUAAAGUUGUCUGGACACUAAGGGUUCCUCAGCACCAGGUGUUUACAAACCCAGAGAUCAACUCUAUUGUGUUAGAUAAACAAGAGUCCGGUACUUACCUGUACGCUGGAUGUGGGGAUAACAAUGUUUAUGCAUGGGAUAUUGAGACAGGGGAGCUAACUCAAUCCUUCAGUGGGCACAAAGAUUAUGUACAUUGUGUGUGUACAAAAAAUUCCAGUAGAGAAUGUGCGUCUGCUUCCGAAGAUGGCACAGUGAGAAUAUGGGAUUGUCGUGUUGGAGGGGAAGCUGUACAUGUUCUAGAACCAAAUAAACAAGAACUUACGGCACGAUCAGAUCUCGGCAAGUGGGUGGCUUGUGUAGAUUGUGAUAACAACGAAGACUGGUUGGUGUGCGGAGGGGCUCCACAUUUAUCAUCAUGGCACCUGAGAUCCCUGGCCCCAGUAUCUGUGUUCAACACCCCAGGGGCUACACACAAUUUUGUUACCUUUUAUGAUGAUACAGUAAUCUCAGGUGGCAGUGAAGCUUGUGUAAACCAUUGGUUUGUAAAUGGAGAUGUGAAGUCUAAAGUGCCAUGUUCAGCUAGUACUGUGUUUGACAUUAAAAUCAACACACAUUCUCCAACAAACAAGGUACUGUGUGCAGCAGGGAGCAGUCCUAAGAUAGACUUGUGUACAAACUUUGGAUAUAAAGCCUUCUCCCUUCUAUUUUCUAUCUGACAGAUUACCUAGGCUGUAAAUAUUGAUAUUGUAUAGGCCCAGUCUGUCAUUGAGAUGAUAAAAACUGAUAAUGUACAGAUACAGUCUGCCAUUUUCAAGACGAUAAAUCAUAUAAUAACCUCAACGGGUAGCUGAUUCAGAACAGAAAAGACAAUGAACUUUGUUAAAUAUUGAUGGUGUUGAGUUUUGAGGUCAAAUUAAUGUUUUAUGAUGAAUCUAUGAGUUAUUUGUAAGACUGAUGAUUUGUUUUGUUGGAUAAUAAUCUCACAUUAGAAAGUACUUAAGAAGCAUUAGAAAAGUAGGAUACAAAUAUUUUUAAUAUGUACAGAAUAUUAUAUAAAUAACAGAUAGGUUUA